AGUAUUCUGUUUUCAUUACGCCGCGGUCGCUAAUUUUUCGUCGACGAUCAAACGUUUUGUUGUGAAAUACCAGGAUGUCAGAAAAUGCCGGCUUACCCAUGCAUGUCGUGUUUCUACUGCUUCUUUUCUUCUUUUGUGUUGAUGCUUCCAGUUGGACAGAAAAUCAUAGUCACCAUAAUCCUGAGCAUCAUAGUAAUCUGAGCGUAUUCAAAAACAGCCAGGAAAACCUAAGUCGUGCUGGAAAUCACAGCCAUUUCGAAGUCGGUCGGUAUACCGAAGAACAAGCCCACGGAACGUACCUUGCUUGCCGGGCUGUGUGCUUUUGCUUGCUGGCUCUGUGCACCGUGGGCAACGGACUGAAUCUGGUGGUGUUAAUCCGCAGUGUACCCACGUGGAGGACAUCGGCAUGCCAUUACCUGAUUGCAACAGCCGUUGCUGAUUUAUUAGCGCUGUACGUUAGCAACAAGUAACGUGAAGCGUGGAGCGUUUUUUAACACCCAAGAAAGCACUAAGGGUUAUUUUGAAAAACGCUCAUUCCACUUCGAAGGCAAGACACGGCCGCAUUCGAUUCGAUUCGCAGUCGUACAUAACAUAAUGGUUGCCAUGUGGUAGGUAACCAUGCGUUAGAUAGAGGCUUACUGCUAAUCUAUUUUAUCUGUUUCGGACUUCACCGGACGAAAGUGAGUUUGACUGAAAAAUUUUAUGGCAUGAAGUAAAGUCGGCAAUUUGAUCGAUCGAAGAGUAGCGAAGGUCUUUCAUGCACAGAAUUAAUGGAAAUUGUGAUAUUCCUUUCGUCGGUCACAGCCACGGAAUGCAGAUGGUUGGGUGUUUUUGUUGACUUCUUGUCGGAAAAAGGGGUGAGGAGAAGCUACAAGGCACUCGGCAUGUGGUUCUUUCUCCCAUGGUUAUCCGAAGCUUCGAUGAUUUUAUCCGAUUGGACUCUCGUUGUGUUCUCUUGGGAACGGCUUCGUGUGAUUCUCAGUCCUUUUCGAUUCGGAUUUCUACAGCGGGUUGCAACGGCGCGUAUUCUGAUUGUAGUUAUCGUUAUUCUGUCACUCGCCUGCUUUAUGCACGAAUUUGCUUAUGCCUACUGUAACUGGGUGAACAGACCUUCCGGCCCUUCGUAUAACCCUACUGCCUAUGCCUGGGUGCAUUCGUGGCACCGUCUCCAUAAUCUGGCGCUUUUGGUAGUGCGCAUUUUCACAUUUGUGCUGAUCCUUAUCCCCGGUGUGAUUCUAAUUGCCUUCCUUGCACGUCAACGGCAAUCCGAGUUCGUAGAACGCGUCGCGCGCAAAACGCAAGGAAUACGAGAAACUUGUCAACACCGGCCAGCAAGUCUAUGUCGCAACACGGAAUCAACAUCAUCCUGCUGAUCAGCUCCAUGCUCUAUCUUAUCACUCGUAGCCCGGUAAUGUUCCACUUGUGUGCCUGGGCUUUACCAGAAAACCUUAGGAAUAAAUUUUCUUACACUGCCGACGGUAGCAUAACCAACUUCAUGGAGCCGAUAUUCAGGGUGAUAGUGGCGACGGGCUAUUCCUUGAAUUUUUACGUUUACUUGUUAACUGAUCGUCAGUAUCGAGGUCGUUUUCUCCAACAAGUCGUUCGACCAGUGUGUCGUCUAUUUCAUCCUACAAUGUUCGCUGAAGCAACAUCGGAGCGGCGAUCUGCCAGUCGAUCAACCGGAACUACGCAGCUAUGACAGUGCCCGUUUGUCCAUUAGAUAAAAUUUUAUCACGAUGAUAAUACGAUGUCUAUUUAUAUUACGAUGUUAUACUUGAGUCGUGGUAUAAUGCAGGCCUUAGUUUUCAUUUCGAAGAAAGCACUCUGCAGUUAACGUGUGUAGCCGGCAGAAAGGUUGACUGGCUCACAGCUCACGGAACAAACCUUUUUGCCGGCAAAAAGGUUUGUUUACUUUUUUUACGGGCGAAAUGGCUCACGAUCAUGGAUCACCGCAGUAUGACCGCCAUUGUGAAGACUCUAUGCGAAUGAGAUAACGCAUUUAAAUAAAUCGGGUUUUGUUCUG